CUUGGCUUAGACAGCACAUAUUCAGUACCGAAGUGAAGGAGAACAGACAGUGCAGGAGAGACUCUGAACCUGAAGAUUUGCAAACAGCCAAGCUGUAUUUGAAACAAACACCUCCAGUAAUGGCUCCUUGGAUAAGACUGAGCUUAGCAAAGCCUCUUCCAACCAUCAGUGAAGCCUUUGAGGAUAUUCUAGAAGACAUAACAAGCAACACAAAUGGUUUUGAAAAUGUUUACAUGAAUCCAGAUUCUUGUUCAGUUGAAGACCACUGUCAAUCAAACUUCCAACUAGCAAAAUCGACUUUUCUAGGAUCUCUGGAGAGCAAGUAUCAAUUCCAAGACAAAGAGAGAUGUGGAAUGCCGCCCAAGGGUCAAACAAUCUUAAAUUUAUCUGAGUCACCAAAAAUGGUUUCUAGAUGCACUCUUCCUAAAGUGUUGUCAUUACAACAUAACAGUUUCAUUCAUGAUUAUAUCAAAACCUACUCUGCUUCGGGCAGGAAUGCAUUAGAAGACUUGUAUGAAGGAACCCAGAAGACUUGUGGGUGGAAAUGUCCUGUUGGCGGUGAGAAUACAGGAACUGAUUGCACACAGUCCAAUUUUCACAGCACCUAUGUAGUCACACCUCAAGGAAAAAUGAGCAAAAAACAACAUGGGACUAGCUUACCAAGAUACCCUUCUCCAAGACCAUCACAAAGAGAAAAUGGUUGCCAGGAACAAAAAUAUAGUUUCAAUCAAGACAAGGUGCCAGCUUUGGAAAGCAGCUCCAAUCCAAACCCUCUUCCUGGUAAAUCAAUCUGGCUGCAUCCUACCAGAGAAGCACCACUGAGUGCCAGGGAUUGGCGAUCUUCACAAAGAGGGCAGCAUAAUUUGAAGACAACAGGAUGUCCUGAAAAAGAACUUCUGAAGUCUUCUACUCAUAAACAAACUCUGAAAGGGGAGGCAGAUAACAGAAAUAGCUGGGUGGAGUAUUUCCAUAUUGAUAAGAAAGUCACAGGUCGUGAUUGGAUUGCAGAAUACCAAAGUGCUUGGAAAGAAGCCAAGGUUAGAGCAUGCCUACUCCCUGCCAUAGAAGAGUCAUAGUUUUCUUUUUAUUUAACAGCAACAAAAAAGAUAUAAAAAUCUUUACUUCCCUGUUGUGAAGAGCAUCUGUAGCAUUCCUCCUGUUAAUGGCACAGAAAUGCUUUAUUACAAUUCGUGUACAUGGCAGAUAACCUUGUGCAAAUGACUAGGAAGAUAUGUGCAUCUUCAGACAAUCAAGAGGAAUAAGCAGCAGUGCACCAUAGAAGACAUGAUGAAGGUUCUGUAUCUUAGGCAUUCCGAUAAUAAGCUAUCAUUGUUAAACGUGUUUCUAAUAUCUUGUAAUUUUGACUGUAGAAACAGUCAUGAGACAUUCCAAACACAUCCAGUUUGGACAUGCUGGAACUGAAGUCUAUCUGAAUUUAGCUAAAGAGCACUACAAAAUAUACAACAGAAAUAAUGUUUGAUAUAUUAAUAGUAGGAUAGGAUUUAUUCUGUUAGAUUUUUAUCAUAAUCAAAAAGAGAGCCUGGAAGAAUCCAGAAGCAAAGAUCUACUACUUCAGAAGAGCACAAUGGCUCAGCAAAAGCUCAAAAUCCCUCCCAUUCUGUUGCCUCCUUCCCAGCAUCUAUAUUCAGAGUAACUAAAUGUCAAGGCUCCAAAGAGCCACUGAUCACAUUAUAAUAACUGAUUACAUUAUUUGCCCUGAAUUUUAUCUGCUUCCCUUUUAAUUCUAAUUAAUUGGAAAGCCAUUGGUGUAUCUUGUUUAUCAACACAUCCCGUAUGCUAUCUAUUGCAAGAAGAUUUUGUUUGCCUUCAUCUCUGGGUUCACUAGAACACUAUUGUUGAACAUUAGACUAUAAGCCAACUCUUAUUAUUAGCUUUUGUCAUCUUUUUAUAGAAAUUAAAUGUCUUUCCUCAACUGCAAUUUCUUAAAAGAAAGUAAGAAAUAACAAAAUAUUGUUUUUCGUUUGACUUUUAUUGUUGUUCUACUUUCAUAAUGAUGAAACUUUCAUUGUUUUGGCUUUAUUUUUUUGUGUUUUCCUUUGCUUUCCUUUUGAUUGUUCAGAAAUAUAAGUUGCUUGUGCUUAUCUAAGAAAUAACAGGGGAAUUUAGGUCCUCUUAUAGGAAGUGUAGUCAUAGGCAAUCACUUCCUGGCUGAACAAGUAUAUUAACAAUGUUAAAGGUCAUCAAUAACUAUUGAAAAAUACAGUGCCUUUCAAUCAGAGCAUUUCAUUUUUGUCAUGCAUUUACAUUAUUUUUUUCUCAUGAGUUUUUGUUACAUCAUUGUACUGUGAUAUAUCGUAGUUUUUAUGACUCUUAUACUUUAUUCCUGAAUCUAGCAUUAAAUAGGUUAAAAUACUUCUACUAAAUGAAAAAGACACUUGAUAUCAAACUGGUAAACUAGUGAUAUGUUUGUAAAUUAGCUGC